GCCGCUCAUGAACUCCACUGUCUCCUUCAAGGACGUUGAUAAUUAACAGCGAGUGUUCAGCAUUUUCUGUAUUUAAAGGCUGUCUUCAAGCAUCCUUCGCUUUGAGGGAAAAGUGUGUGACGCCUGACUGUUGCGCCAGCUGAAGCUUCUCUGGAGUAGACCGUCCUCUCAUCAUCCCUCCUGUUUCCUGUUCGCCUUCUGUCUGCAGGAUAUGUGGUUUGCGUUGCUGACAUUUUCCAGUGUCUUCUUUGGUUUAUGUGUUGGUCAACGCCAUCGAGAGGUUUGUUAUGGAAGAGACCUGAUUUUUCCAUUCUUUUACAAACCUCCUCUGUACAAAGGGCCGCUUUACUUCAGCCCUCAUAGGGGAGGACCCAUGAAGACUCUGAUGGAUGAAGGAAAGUCACAGCACCCUCGUCUUGAUAUUCGUUUUGAAGGAGCAGUUCUUCGAGAUGUGAGAGAAGACGAUGAGGGAUAUUUUUCCGUCUUACGUUCAGGGAAUGAACUCAAGAUUAUCGACCUUAAGGUCUUGGAUUGUGCCCAAGAGAUCACCAUGGAAUAUUGGGAUUCAUUUCAAUACCGAGUUCGGCCAGAAGUUGACUUCGUGGAGUUCACUCGUCUUCACAAUCUGAAAAACUCAAGUAUCCUGUGGAAUCGCAAAAACCGUGAGAUGUAUGCUGGCAGCCGUGGAGCGAUCAAAGACAACCUCUGGAAUCUCCCCUAUCUCACUCAGAAAGACGACGGCUACUAUAACUUCAGAGAGAAAAACAACACCCUUGUGUCUCGGAUACUUCUGAAUGUAAAAGAACGUAUCGCAGAGUUAACAGUUUAUGAGGACGAUCACCUUGAAAUCGUGUAUCCUUGGCUGGUUCGAAUGAAGACUAUGACCUUUACACCUGAAGGACAGGAUGAACCUGCAUCAGUGAUGACCGACGGUCGUCUUCAACAUGAUUACUGGUUCAACAACAAAGUUAAGGAGGUGACUAACGGCAUUGAAGUUUUUCGCUCGGGAGGCUUUUCGCCAGGCACGUUCCGCUUUAAGGACUCCGACGACAACCUGAUCAUGGUCGUGCAUCUGACGGUGAACGAUGGUUCUAACACUGAGACUCCAUCUUUUGUUUCCGUUGGUCUGCUCAUCCCUGCCAUGAUCGUGCUCUAUUGCUCUUGCUGUCACGUAAAGAAGCACUGUAAGGAAUAUCACUCUGCUUCUGAGACUCCAGCUCCUCCUGAAGUGGAUCAUCAUCAGGGCGGUGAUCAAGCUGCACGCUCAGCUCCACCGUCUUAUACUCUCUCUUAUCAUCAUGUGAAAGUUCCUAAAUCGCCAAGAGUGACUUCCUCUGGUCCCCCAGUGAGUGUGGCUCCGACGUUUCAACGCUGUAAUGUGAAUGUCUUCAGAAGGACAGUGGCGGUGUCUGAGCCGGUUAUCGUCCCCACUCAUCCUCAGGUGUAUCAACCAGCGAGCGUCAUUGUGACUGCUACUCAGCCUGAGGCUACACCUUUUGGAGGAUGGAAAUCCACUCUGGUUCCUCCAGUCAACUCAGGCUCGCUCUCCUCAGACUGUGAGCCAGUGUUCAAACUGAAAGGAGUGGAGUAUUCCUCUGCAUCCCCCCUCAGCUCAGACUCCAUUCAAUGUGACGUUUACACCUCUGACAAAUUAAACUUUCGCUAAAGAGCAGGUCAACUAUCCAAAUGAGUUAAAAGACUGAAUGAAGUGGAUGUAAGAAUGUUUUGACAAGUCUGUAAAGCCAUUGUGACGGAUUGACCAGAUGAGGGAGUGUAGAGCUUUAAAGAUCGUAUAAUCACAACUAUACCGCCAAAUAAUCAGGUUACUAAUAUCGAUAUACUGAUAUGUCAGGGUUAUGUUGUGACAUAACCACUCAGUAUUCACGGUUUAGUUUUUUUAAUGUUCAGAUGUGAUAGAUUAAGUUGCAGCUGACAUGAAGAGCUGAGUUGAGUAACCUUAGUAUAUCAAUCACUGUGCCUGCUAGUUUUUACUUUAUUAGUUUUUUUUUUUAUUAAAAGUAACACUAUUUAUUAAUAUUUUGUAGCCUUUUCUCAGGUAAGAAGCUAUACAUCUCAACCAAUUUCUCAUUUCUGAAAUACCUCAUUUUUUACAGUAAACUCUAAUUAUCAGGUUGCAAAAGAAGAAGUCAUCCUUUAUGAAGCUGUAUAAAUAUGGAACACAUUACUGUUCACUUUGCCUUUUGCUUUUUAGUCACUGAUACCAAGGAAUGGACGGAUAAGCUUUUCUUACUGGUGUAACCUAGUUUAUGAGGUUGUCUUUUCAUUUCCUAUGUGCCUUCAGCUUUUGACACGUUCACCUGUUUUUAAUUUAUUUUUUGGAGUAUCGUAGGAUUUUUAAAAAUGUUUCAGUCUAUUUUAAGUUAUGUUGAAUUACGGGUACUACAUCUCAUUAUAUUGAAAAUUAUGUUUGACUUGUUUUUUGUUUGCUUUUUUAUAUAUAUCAGAACAAUAUGAUCCUCAUAUUGGGACUUUAAGAAACUUGUGAAGGUGAAUAGAUCAUGGUAAACAUUAUACCACUGGGCCACUGUACUACAAGACAAUGUAAAAUUUGAAUUAUGUGGCUGUUUUCAGCUGUUUUUGUGGUGGUCAUCAUUUCAUUUGACUACAACAUCUCUUAUGGAGUGUAACUAAUAAUUUUCACAUGGUCCAUUAGAAGAAUUCCUAGUGUGUUGUGGUUAGCUGACACUGUGGAAGUGUUGAAGGAUUGACACCGUCACUGAACUGCAUUGUAUGGUAUAUAUUAGCUUGCAAAGGCAUGAUUGCUUCACGGUUGGGAAAUCAAAGUUUUGUGUCAUCGUCUUUGUGUGAUUUUGCUUUUUGAUCCCAAAGAAAUAAUUUGAUCACUCUGCAGUAUUAUUUGAGUUGUUAAGCUGAUGAAAUUACCAUCCAGUUGAAACUAACCGGUCAAAUAUCAUACAAGGUUUUCAUCCUUUGUAUCAGUCAAGCUCCAGAAACACGAGAUCACUUUCUUGAUCUUUACACUUUUCCAGUGUGAAGCCUUUUUGGUUGUUUGUUUUUUAAAUUUGUCUUUAAGUCACUGAGGGCCCCAGAUUAUUUAUCUGACCUUGUGAAGGUCCAUCAGCCUUCCAGAGCCCUGAAGUCAGCUGACCUGCUGACCCUUGAAGUUCCUCGAUCCCUUUUAAAAUGCAGAGGAGGUCGAGCCUUUACAAUCAUGGCUCCCAGACUGUGCAUGUGUGAGUAGACUCUAUUUUUAAAUCCCGGCUAAAAACCUUCUUGUUCACCCUGGUCAUUGGCUGAGCAGAGUCACCUCUGGAUGUUUCAAUUUUCUAUUUUAUU